CCGGGUUAUAAAUACUGUUGAUUGCGGUCCCUUGUGGGUAAAGCUCGAUCCGCGAUCCUUAGCCCAUUUCACCACUUACCCUCCUCAAGAUCGCCUCAGCCUUACGUUACAAUGAAAGCCUCCACGGUUGUCUUCCCGCUCACCAUGCUCCUGGGUAGCGCCCUGGGUGUGGAUAUGAGCAAAUAUGAACCUGAAGCAGGCGUUGAAGCUUCGUUCAAGCCGUUUCUCCAAGCUCUGUAUGCGUCUGCAGAAGACUACAAGUCCACUGACACGUUCACGGACUUUUUCGUUCCUGAGACGGGCCGUCUUAUCGUGGUCGAAAACAAAGCCGAGGGAGCUGCAGCCAUUGUCCAACUCAAGCAGGCGCUGCUCCCCACGACUGGCACCAAGCACUGGAACCACCUGCCCAACAUCACCUCAGUGGUCUCUGAGACUACUACUGAGAAGACAUACAACGUGUUCGGUGUCAUUCAGUCGAGAUUCGAUGGUGGCAACUGUUCAGCCGCAUACUACUCUAGCCGCUUCACUAUUCUGAAAGACAGCCAGGGCAACGUUCGUAACCAGCCCCAUAGUGGUAGCCUCGUGGCGUACGAUGAUUACGUCGUGAACCCUACCCAUUCGCCGACAGAUAUUCCGUGCUGAGUGGAGAAAGAGCCCUAUCAGCUGGGCACUUGAACGCAUAGAGAAAGUGCGCAACCCCUUUAUAAGACGGCAUUCUAUAUAUUCUGCAUAGAAAGAGUCUUGAGGCUGCAAAAACUUAUGCUGGAUGAUAAUUCCUACCGAUAUUGCUCCUUGCGCCACAAGAGAUUAGAAAUCAAUCUGUUGCGAUGUUGACCAUCGCGGAUAAAUAUCGGAGUUAUCGG